GGUUGAAAUAAUAGUACAUGGAUCCCAUCCAUGGCCGCCGAGCCCAUCGGAGGCGGCAUGCACAGCACUGAGAGCCACAUAGUUCUACGUUCCAGUCAGCCAGCCAGCCAGCCAAGAGCUAUCUAUCGCUAGCGUCGUGUCUGGCCCUGCCCGUGUCUGUCUGUCUGUCUAUCCAUCGUCCUCCUCCCCCUCGGCCCGCACAGAGUGGUCGGCCGACAGCGCACGCACGCCCCCACUCAGUAUCGACGGGAACACACCAUUCACGCCACUCGAACACGCCGCUGCCGCAGAUGACAGGAAGGCGUGCUGGGGCUGGUGUGGGUGUGGCGGGAUGAAUGCGCGCGAGGGCAGUGGGGGUGAGGGCGAUCCGGAGGGGACUGUCAUGAGGUCGGACGGUGCGGGCGAUGCGAUGCCGCUGCUGCCUGCGAGGAGGUCGGUGGGCAGGGGCACCAGGGAGGCGUACGCGGGGCUCCCGGGGGCGGGCUUCGUGUAGAACUCGUUGAAGUCCAACCGGCUCGCCAGGUAGCUGCACAACAACAACACGCGGUUGCCCGACGGCUGUCUGUCUGUCGACCUGUGUGUGCUGACUGACCUGAGUGAGUCGUUCUUGGUGUCCCUGGAGAGCGCUUGUAUGGCUGUGAUGAAGUGCUGUAGGUGGUUGCGGUAGUCCUGUCUGAUGAUGAGAAUCUCCUGCAGGGACGCCUCCCACUGCCCGUCGUCACCCAAACCGAAGUACACUUCUCCAUCGCCAUCGUCACCGUCACCACCGUCAUCCUCAUCCAAGUCAUCGCACUCGCCACCACCACCACCAGCCGCACCAUCGCGAGGCGGACUGCACAAUGCAAUACACACAUGGGCAGCAUUUCUGUCUGUCUGUCUGCCUGUGGAAGGGCGGCAUGGCGUCAGUGACUCAUUCACGAACCUGGCUCCUCGUCGCUUGCCGUAGGACUUGGCCAGGGCCUCGUUGAAAAUGCCCUUCUGAACACACACACAGAGAUGCACCGCACCGUGGUGGAUGGUGACGUGAGCGUGAGCAUCUCCCCCCGUGCUCGUUUGGUUGUGCCUGUGCGAGUGUGAAUCUGAUGAUGAGGUCAAGGAUGGCCUGCAGGCUGGGCAGCGGCGACUGCACCUCACCGCCAGACACGUCACCAGGGUCGGAUGAGGAAUCUCUCGCGCGCGGCGGUGAUGGCGCCCGCCUGCUCGACGCCGACACAUCCCUCAGGAAGAGGCCGUCCUGCACACACAUAGACAGAGAGACAGACAGACAGACAGACAGAUAGAGACGAGGGGGAAAUCCGUGCCAUCGUCGGAUGCAUGUACUCGUGCUGACCUGUAUUGCGUUGAGGUAGCUGUCGUGCUGCGCUAUCACACGAUCCAGGUCCGUGCAGCUGACAUUAUCGACACACACAGACACACACAGCAGGGCAUUUGUGCUUUGACUGUUCCCAGCUCUCCCUCGCCGGCUGUGUGUGGCAUGGCAUGGUGUGUUGGUGUGUUGGUCCCUCCGUAGGUCCCUCCCUACCUGUUUAGGUUGUUCUCGAACUCCUGCCAUGCGGUGUCGAGGACCUCGUGCAUGAAGUAGGCCUGCAGGUUCUGACUCCAGUGGUACAACUCUGCGCGGAAGCCGUGGCACUACACAGACAACACACAUCACAUCACACCACAACCACACACGCGAGGAUGGUCAUGCCCAUUGAGCGUGUGCGUUGCGUUGGCGCGUAGUACCUACCAUUUUGAUUGCGUCGUUGAUGGGCUCAGUGGCCAUGUGUCCCCUGGCCAGUGCGAUCUCAGCUCUAUGUGAGGUGGCCAUGUGGGCACUCCAAAUGCGGCUCAACUCGUGGGACGCCCGCUUCGUCCUAACAAUCACAAUCACACACACACACAUACAGAGGGAGGGAGGGAGGGAGGUGACAUCUGGCUGUGUGAUGGUUUGGGGUGUGGGCUGCGUCUGUGGGUCACGUCACUUACUUCCAGAGAAGUUGGAAGAUCCUGAGGUACUGCUGCAUGGCGUCAGGUGUGAAGAUGACGUUGAGGGGCGUGCUCACCGCGUAGUCCAACGAGAACACAUCCCAACUGACAACCAACACACACACACACACAGAGAAUUGUGUGAAAUGGGUCCAUCCAUCCAUCCAUCUGUCCAUCCAGCCAGUGUAAAGGUGGUGGUUCGCUCACCCCAGGUCGCCGAUGGACGGCGUGUGCAGCUUGACGGUCAGCCGGUCGAGCGUGUCAGCGGGAUGGAACUGCGCGUUAGCUGUCACAUGGACACAUACAUGGAUGGAUGGAUCGACAUGAUGGAUGAGCCACACGCUCACACACGUGUGUGAGGGCAGGCAUAUGAUAUGAGUGCAGUGCGUCUGUGUGUCCUCCUUUCCUUCCCCGUGUGUAUGUGUGUGUGUGUGGUUCCUUCCAUGCCAUGCCAUGGAUACACAACGAACGUACAGUUUCUGAGUGCUGCGUCGAGAAUGCCUAUGAGGGUGUGUCUGUAGACCUCCCGGGCGCCCCGGUUGAGCUCCUCCUUGGCCAGCUCUAUCAACCACUCUAUGAAGUCACCCUGACCCAACAAAAGAAACCUGGAUGCACCACAAACACACACACCCAAACCAACACACACGUAGCGCGUCCAUCUGUGUGUUGUGGUGUAGUGUGUGUCUUGAGUGCUCACGCCCUGAGCGCCUUGAAGUGCUCAAACAGCUUGUAUUUCUGCCGCAACAACUCUACCAACCUGAUGACACACGGUCACACCCCCAGAUCAACCGUUUGCCGCACGAACACCCACCCCCCGUCUGUCUGUCUGUCUGUCUGCUAUCGACCUUCUAUUCUGCUUCUCUGCGGCCUGGUCGACGAACAGCUGCAGCUGCUGCACGAUAGGCGGCAGUGGCGGCACCACACCGCCACUCUCGGCACCACUCUCGCCUGAUGCUGAUGGCUUGCCCGACGCUGAUGUGCGCGCCGGUCGUGUGUGUGGUUUGGAUGAGUCCGCUGCCGCGUUGGAGAGGUGCUGGAACUCGAGCCAAUCGCCAUCUUGACAGCAGUUGCUGUGGGGAUGCGUCGGGGUGGGGAUUGGUAGGCAGGCUACUGUGCUGUGGUCAGUUUGUUUGUGUCGUGUUUGGUGCGUUGCGUACCGGACGAAGGACACUGAUUUGCCGGUGAGUAGGACUUUCCGUGAGGUCUCCAGCGGCAGGUAGACGGGCACUUGCGGCACGUUCAGGUAAUACCUGAACGAACCACAGCAAAGAGGGUGAGGUGAUCCACGUGAACUGGUGAAAUGUCAGUUACUUGUGCCUCCAGAGCUGUCCGUUGGGCACGUGUGGCCACGAGGCGACGAACAGCUCUCCAUGGGGGUCUCUGCACACCAAGCACACCAAGCACACCCCACACACCCCACACACAGCUGAUGCAUUGCAUACCGAUCGGCGAGCAUGCAGCCCCCAUACAUACGCACCUGAGUUGUCCCUCCUCCAUCCACAGGCGUAUCAUCUCGAGCAGCGGCAGCGUCACGCGCUCCACCAGGUCAGCCAUCAGCCCACGGAGCACGGGGUCGCCACGACGAGAGUGCGCUGAACCACCAGCCAGCGACAGACAGGAAGAUGCAUAGACAGCAUAGGAUGUGUGUGUGCGUGGGAUACACACCGCACCGUAUAGGGCGGAUGCGAGGCUGCCUCCCUUGUGACACAUGGCCGCAUCCACCUGCACAUCACAUACAACACACACUCAAGCCACUAAACAAACUGUCUGUCCCCCAUUUAAAGGGAUGGCUGAAUGACAGGCCGACCCGACGUAUCCGACCCACCCUACCAGGCAUGCGAGGAGCCUCAUGCGCUCGAGGGGCUCCUGCACCCACACGGCCAGCCGCCGGAGUGUGAGGCCGCCCUCGGGGGGCACCUCCAUGCCCAUCCAACGCUCACCACUGACCCACCGCACGCACCACACACACAUGAACAGAAUAUGAUUUGUGUGUGGGAUGGGAUGGGAGGGAGGUGAUGUGCGUUACCCACCUGCAGAGCUGCGGCGUGAGGCUGCUCUCGAGGAGCGCUACGAGCUUGUAGUACUCGGUCAGCUGAUCCUUCAACCACUGCAGCCAUCAUAUGCCAUGAAGCACACGGACACGUACACAUGGCGACACAGUGCGGGCGGGUGGUCUGUGUGUCUGUGUGUGGUGGUUGGCUAACUGACCUGGUUAAAGGCCUGGAACACCAGACCCUCAUACGCACCCUGCACACACACACACAGACAAACAGAGUGAAUUCAGGUAUGGGAGAGGGCACGAUAUGAUCGACGGUUGUGCGAGUCGGCAGCUUAGCUAGCUUACGUAUCCCGACGAUUUGUUCAUGCCGGCGCAUAUCAUCGUGUAGAGAUAACCUGAACCCAACCCACUCGCAGGCACCCCACCCAAAGACACGGGAUGUGAUUGAUAUACCUGCCUGCCUGCCUGCCUCUGUGUGCAAGGUCAGACCUCCCUACGCACCGCACUCACCGAGCUCAGACAGGGGAGCGAUGCAGUCGCGCACGGGGGCAGCAGCGCUCACCUGCACCGAUCAAAGCUUGUUCCGUUGCCGUGGUGCCCUUGCUGCCUGGUCUGGUGUACUGUACCCACCCACCCGUGGGUCGAGGAAGAACAGGCCCGUGUUGGGGUCCUUCUUGACAUACUGCCCCUCACAGCCUGACAACAUACAUGCCAACCAACCAACACACGUAAGUCACGUACGUAUGUAUUGUCGUCCAUAUGCCAUGCGCCCCGCUCACACGCAGCACCGAUCGAUGGAUCGAUGUGUGUGUAUGUAACGUACCCUGUAACACGAACAGCAGGUCCCGCAGCAGCAAACGCUCAGACACCCCAGGAGCUACUGAACGAAUCGAGGGAGGCAUAUAUGAGGGAGGGAAGGACACACAACAAACACGUCAGCUCAGCCAGCACACACAUCGAUCUCUCCUCCCUCUGUAGUGUACGCCCACGCACAGUAUCGCUCAUUGGUCUUCUGCAGGAUGACCUGGAACCCCCUACUGGCCGCCGUGCCCUCCCCCGGCGCCUCCCUCUCCGUCAACGCAACCUCCAGCCCACCACCACCACCACCCUUAAAGGCAAACGCCCCCGUAGCGGCACCCCCGCCCGCACCUUCCUGCUGUCGGGCCUUGGUCAGCGCCAGGGACGACCCGCCGUCGCUAGGAGGAGCUGCCACCCUCUCAGGCAGCCCGUUGUAGGACGGCGGCACUGUCCCACUGUGGCCAUUGAGGGUGGCUGCUCCCGAUGAUGGGGAUGGAUGUGGCUGGUGGGCGGGGUUCUGGUUGUGCAGGAGCAGUAGCAGCUUGAGUAGUCUUCUGCGGUGCUGGAGGGGGGUGCGACGUGGCUGCCGGAGCCGGAUGAGGGCACGGUCAAGCUUGUGGACCUUGACACUGUCGCCUGACAAUCACACACACACACACACACACGCAGAUGUGAUGUGUGUGGUGCCUGACAACUUCUUUCGUCUUUCGUGUGCUCGUACCUACCUUGCUUGAGGACUGGCCGGCCGCGGAAGAAACGAAUAGGUGGAUGGAUGGAUUGGACGGAGGCAGACACAGAAAUACCGACACACACUCACGUGUUGGUUCGUUAGUUGAUGAUGUGAUCUGUCCGUCCGUUGCGUACGUGAGUCCUUGAUGCGCAUGACGAGUGUGUCCUCGGGCUCCGCAUCCAUGGCCCUGCCCGCCUUCUCCAGCUGCACCUGCGACUUCUGGAAGGCCAAGGCCAGCGCCUUCUGGUCCAUCUCACGCCCACACACCUCCUUGACCAGACGCUGAAGCAGCUCGGCCAGACCCGUCACUGACACGCCUGAACUGCUGGUGGUCGUGUUGGCAGGGCCGGAACGGCCCUGCUGGUGGGACUGCAUCUUCAGUCGUGGUCCUCGGUGGUGAGUGCGAUGACCUGCAUCGAUGAUUUAAAUAACCAUGGUUUUUGCCAGAUGAGCGCAGCAGUGCAUGAAUCUCUGGUUGAGCGUUUUGCUGGUCG